AUGUACAAGUUGGGAUUAGAAUUCAACGCUGGCUGUAUUGAAAGAGCAAAAACAGGAUGUUUUGAAAGCGAAGCACUCCCGGAACCAAAUGAAGCACUGGUGACAGUUUGUGUUGAAGAUUUCAUGACCUCGACAAUUCAUCCAGUGAAGCGAGAUACAGGCUAUUCUGUCAAUCACGACUAUUCUGCAAACCUUGUCAAGGAAUUCUAUACGUCGCUUGGGCUAGGAAACGGUUGGAAUGUUUUAGGAGGAGGAUUAGCAUGUUCAACGAUGACUUCGUCGUCAGAUGAGGGUAUGGGAUGGGAUAUGAAUGCAAAUUGCGCAAGACCCUUCCUAAGAUCCGAGUUGGGUAUGCUUCUUAGUCGUGCGCCUGGGGUGGAGUGGGAGGUGCUACGUCUUAAAUGCUAUUCCACGGAACGUCGGUUUUCUGUGAAGGAGCGCCGAAUAGGGAAAGUCAUCGAUUCUGAUGUGGAUUAUAUUAUGAACGCCGUCGGGAUGAAGGACAACCUGGUGUAUCGCAGAUGGAGUGAGGUUAGAGAGAUGGUCAAUCGUUAA